UACACACGAUGGCGACAGACGAAUAUAGCAUGCUAAUUAUUUUCAGUAUGACUUUUAGGGUUAACCCUUACAGUCGUUAUCAAUGGAUUAGGGCAUCCGGCGAUCCUCACUAAUGAAUGGGGGAGAAUGACUCAUGUCGUGUAACACUUGCUAGUUGUGUGUCUGUGUUUACUACGUGUUUUACAUUGCUCUGCCACGUCCCCGAACACACGAAAAACACGCCAUGCAUCUCCAACCAACCUUAAAAUGGACAUUAUUGGAGACCUAUGUGUCUAAAUGUUAGUGCAGAUACGGUAUGAAUAUUGACGCUUGUAGGAAUAGUUGCUUGUUAUCCGAUGGCCCGUGAACGCCUCGCGCUAAACGUCACGAUAAUCGCGAGCCUUUAAACUUGCUUCACAGAUCAUCUAAUCCAUUUUUGACGAAUAACGACGGUUUGAAACCGGCGUAAACCUGCUGCGUUCACACAAGUGAUGAAUUGAAAUGUCCGAUGCUAUUGUGGGCCAAUGUAGCUCAGUUAGCCAAGUGGCUAGCUCGCUAGCUAGCUAGCCAGCUCCCACACGAUGACAGAUUAACACACGCAAACAAAAUAUGAACCUAAGUUGGGAUGUUUUCUAUUGGAUCCGGUUCUUUAAAGAUGAUUCAAAACGAUGACGUUAUUCGGGCUAUCCUUUUGUACAAGCGGUGCUGUGCUAAUGUAAACACCGAGGUAGAGAAGUGCUCCUUGUGGCAGAUUGGAGCUCCUGAAGACUCUGAAAAGGCUGGGCGAGCUUCCGAUGACCGUCGACAUCCUGGUGGAAACUGGAGUGGGGAAGACGGUCAACUCUUUUAGGAAACACGAAGUCGCCGCCGAGGUGGCAAAAGGCCUGGUCGCCAAGUGGAAGAAGCUCGUCCCGCAGCCUGCAGACAGAAGCGGCGGCAAUCACGCCAAAGAGGCGCCACGGUCACACUCUCGAGGCUCCAGUGAUGCGGGCCAACGGCACCAGCGGGAGCCCUCCCCCGAGGAGGAGAAAGAGCCGUCCUACGUAGAAGAAGAGGAAGAGGAGGAUGAAGGGCGAAGCCGCCACGCCAGCUAUUCCCCCUCGCCACCGCGGCCUGAGCAGUACAGCCCCCGGCGGCCGGGGGGCGACCAGUCUGACGAGUAUGACAGCCCCGAGCCGGAACCGGAACCCAGCCCGCCUCCCCGUAGAGACGACAAACACGCCAAGCCCGGCAAAGCCCACGGGAACCACCGCCACGACAAGCAGCGCCGACACCACAUGCCGGGCGCUCGUGAUGGAGGCCCCCGCAGCGAGGGGAAGAAGCGGCGUGCCGACAGGGAACCGAGUCCGCCAGCUAAGUCCACCAAGCAGGACAGGAAGUCACAUGAGGACAGGAAGGGCGGAGAUGAUGGGCGACCGCUGCCAGCGCACAAGGACUCUCCCGGUGCCGGGGGCAGCGGGGAAGACGACUUUGAGACCCCCACCAUGUCCUUCGAGUCCUUCCUCACGUACGAUGCCCCGACAUCGUCCUCUGUCAAGAAGAAGAAGAAGAAGAAGACGACGACGUCACACGGACACCCUUCCCACGCUUCCCACGCUUCCCACGCUUCCACCGCCCCGUCUCAUCGCCGCACGUCUCAGCCCGCCCCCUUAUCUUCAUCCUCCUCCUCUUCGUCCAAAGCGAGCAAGACCAACGGCGCUACGAGGACAAGGAGGUCUGACUCGGACUUGGCUUCGGCUGUUCCGGCAAAACGCAGAAAGGCGGUGGAACCUCUUCCCUCGCUUCCUGAAAUCCCUCUGCCAGACAUCCAGCCCAACUACAGACCUCUGCCCUCCAUCGACAUCACGCCGCUGUCCCCUCAGAGACGGAAAGGUCCUGUCUACAACGACGAGGAGGACGCCGGCUUCACGGGGAAGCGAUUCAACUCCAAGAUGGUGGUCUACUCGGGGUCCAAGACCUCAUACCUGCCCCGGAUGAUGACGCUGUACGAGCAGUGCAUCCGAGUGCUGCAGAACAACAUCGACUCCAUUGCCGAGGUGGGAGGGGUGCCGUUUACCAUCUUGCAGCCGGUGCUGGAGCGGUGCACCCCGGAGCAGCUGUAUCGCAUCGAGCAGAGCAACCAGGUGAGCCAUGUUUCCUCUUCCUCAGUACGAGCCGCUAAAACGGCUCACAGGAGAUGUUCUUGUCUUCAGUGGUUCACCGAGGAAUCGGACGAGCUGUGGAUGCGUCACUGUCAGCGGGACUUCAAGCGGGAGACCCCCCAAGAGUACGAGUCCUGGAGGGAGCUCUACCUGCGGCUGCACGACGAGCGAGAGGCGCGCCUGAGGAGGCUGACCCAAAACAUCAGCUCGGCGCACGCCAACAAGCCCAAAGGGCGGCAGGUCAAGAUCGCGUUUGUCAACUCGGCCGCCAAGCCGCCGCGAGACGUCCGCCGCCGGCAGGAAAAGUUUGGCACCACCAACGGUUCCUCUGCAGCCUCCACCGCCGCCGCCACGCCCAUCAAAAUAAGACCAGCAAGCAACGACUACUCCGGCGACUCCGGCCGCUCCUCCUCUUCCCUCCUCAUCCCGUCACCCAGCUCGUCCCGCUCCUCAGCGCCCCCAGCAGCAGGAGGCGGGGCAACAGGUGGAGGACACGCCUCCCGGGAAAAGCCACAGGUGAAAAAAAUCGCCCCCAUGAUGGCCAAAACAAUCAAAGCUUUCAAGAAUAGAUUCUCCCGCCGAUAGGAGCUGAAACAUCGCCUCCUUUCCAUUGAACCGGGGUGGCGCUCCUUCCCCGACCAACUAAACAUGUGACCUUUCAGUGGCUUUUAAUUAAGGCCUUGGGGGGGGGGGGGUCAAACCAAACCUAACCUUUUUGUCCAUUUUCUUUUUGUUUUCUGUGAUAGUUCAGUGAAGGAGAGACAAAAAGGUGGAAUUCAAGUUUUUAUCACAUUCAUGUCCAUACUUGGGGGCUGGGGGCUGGGGGGGGGGGCACGUUGCAAACCAGCACAGCAACUUGUUUUACCUCGCCAUGCAUUUGAAAAAGCUGAAGAUCUCCUUUCCUGCUGUCCGACUGUGUACAUAUUCUCUUAUCUGCUUCACUGGCCAUUGCCGGGGGUGGGGGGUGGGGGGUGGGGGCGUGGGGGAAGAAGCAAAGUGAUGUGAUAUUUAUUGACUUUGUCCUGACACCCCUCCCACUUGGACCCUCAAGGAAGUAGAUGAAGACCUGUCAUUUUAUUAGAUUUUAAGAAAUGUUCUAUGGUCAUUUGUAUUAAAUAGGACUUUUUGCCCAAUUGUGUUCGUGUGGAGAUGUCUGUCAUCCACGUGACCACAAUACAGAGUCCACCCUUUCAAAGUAAGGCUGGAUGACAGUCAGACGACUGCAGCCAACAAUCAUCUGUUUUGGAAAGAAACGCUGUGCUUACUGCAUGUAAGGAGUCCGUCAUCGUCACUUGUACCAGCAGUAGUACAUUUUACAUCCAAACUUUGUCAUUUUCCUGAGACAAUAACACGAGUUUUAUUUUACAACCCCUAAACCGGAAGUAUAUAUACACAGAAGCCCAAACUGUUUGUGUUACAGAAAGAAAGAAUGCUACUAUUGAUUUAGUCCGCCAAUUAUAACAGCU